GCAGCUUUUUCCGCCUCCCGGGAGGGUGAAUAGGGCAGGCCGCCGGAGCUGGGCUGCGGUCUUCUGUGAGUCGGAGACCCUGCCCUGAAUCCGGCACUGGGACAUCUCGCCCUCUCGCGGCACCUGUUGCAGGUGACAGGCAACUCUGGUAGCUCUCCUGGUCUGAUUGCUUUGAAGAAAGAAUAGUAGAGGAAAAAAUAGAAUAAAUCAUGUCGGAGAUACUUGACCUCUCUUUUCUGUCUGACAUGGAAAGGGAUUUGAUCCUCAGUGUUAUACAACGAGAUGAGGAGCUCCGGAAAGCAGAUGAGAAAAGGAUUAGGCGACUGAAGAAUGAGUUACUGGAGAUGAAAAGGAAAGGGGCCAAGAGGGGCAGCCAACACUAUAGCGAUCGGACCUGUGCCCGGUGCCAGGAAAGCCUGGGCCGUUUGACUCCCAAGACCAACACUUGUCGGGGUUGUAAUCACCUGGUGUGCCGGGACUGCCGCAUCCAGGAAAGCAAUGGUACCUGGAGGUGCAAGGUGUGCGCCAAGGAAAUAGAGCUGAAGAAGGCAACUGGAGACUGGUUUUAUGACCAGAAAGUGAAUCGCUUUGCUUACCGCACAGGGAGUGAGAUAAUCAGGAUGUCCCUGCGCCGCAAACCUGCAGUGAAUAAAAGAGAGACAGUGGGACAGUCCCUCCUUCAUCAGUCACAGAUGGGCGAUAUCUGGCCAGGAAGAAAAAUCAUUCAGGAGCAACAGAAGGAGCCCAGUGUGCCAUUUGAAGUGCCCAAGCUGAAAAGUGGGAAGAGUGCGCUGGAGGCUGAGAGUGAGAGUCUGGAUAGCUACACAGCUGACUCAGAUAGCACAUCCAGGAGAGACUCUCUGGAUAAAUCUGGCCUCUUUCCAGAAUGGAAGAAGAUGUCUGCCCCCAAAUCUCAAGUAGAAAAGGAAACUCAGCCUGGGGGUCAAAACGUGGUAUCUGUCGAUGAGAGUGAAAUGAUAUUCAAGAAGAACACCAGAAAAAUCCUCAGGCCUUCAGAAUACACUAAAUCUGUGAUCGAUCUUCGCCCAGAAGAUGUGGGGCAUGAAAGUGGCUCCUUGGGAGACAGAAGCAAAUCUGUCCCAGGCCUCAGUGUGGAUAUGGAAGAGGAAGAAGAAGAAGAAGACAUUGACCACCUGGUGAAGUUGCAUCGCCAGAAGCUAGCCAGAAGCAGCAUGCGAAGUGGCUCCUCCAUGAGUACAAUCGGCAGCAUGAUGAGCAUCUAUAGCGAAGCUGGCGAUUUUGGGAACAUCUCUGUGACUGGCAAGAUUGCCUUUUCCCUGAAGUAUGAGCAGCAAACACAGACUCUGGUCAUCCACGUGAAGGAGUGCCACCAGCUGGCUUAUGCUGAUGAAGCCAAGAAGCGCUCUAACCCAUACGUGAAGACUUAUCUUCUGCCUGACAAGUCCCGCCAAGGAAAAAGAAAAACCAGCAUCAAGCAGGAUACUGUCAAUCCACUCUAUGAUGAGAUCCUCAGAUAUGAGAUCCCAGAAUCUCUCCUGACCCAGAGGACUUUGCAGUUCUCGGUUUGGCAUCAUGGUCGUUUUGGCAGAAACACUUUCCUUGGAGAGGCAGAGGUCCAGAUGGAUUCCUGGAAGCUUGAUAAGAAACUGGAUCAUUGCCUCCCUUUACAUGGAAAGAUCAGUGCUGAGUCCCCGCCUGGCUUGCCAUCACACAAAGGCGAGUUGGUGGUUUCAUUGAAAUACAUCCCAGCCUCCAAACUCCCUGUUGGAGGUGACCGGAAAAAGAGUAAAGGUGGGGAAGGGGGAGAGCUCCAGGUGUGGAUCAAAGAAGCCAAGAACCUGACAGCUGCCAAAUCUGGAGGGACUUCAGACAGCUUUGUCAAGGGAUACCUCCUUCCCAUGAGGAACAAGGCCAGUAAGCGUAAAACUCCUGUGAUGAAGAAGACCCUGAAUCCCCACUACAACCAUACAUUUGUCUACAAUGGUGUGAGGCUGGAAGAUCUACAAAACAUGUGCCUGGAACUGACUGUGUGGGACCGGGAGCCCCUGGCCAGCAAUGACUUCCUGGGAGGGGUCAGGCUGGGUGUUGGCACUGGGAUCAGUAAUGGGGAAGUGGUGGACUGGAUGGACUCGACUGGGGAAGAAGUGAGCCUGUGGCAGAAGAUGCGACAGUACCCAGGGUCUUGGGCAGAAGGGACUCUGCAGCUCCGUUCCUCGAUGGCCAAGCAGAAGCUGGGCUUAUGAGUCCCUGUCCUUCUCUGCAGGUUCAGCUCUGUCCAGGGCCAGUCAGAAGAAGUGAAGAAACCAAGAGCAAAGAUUUAUAAUUUAAUGUGUGUGUGUAUGUGUGUGUGUGUGUGUUAUGUAUGCGUGUGUACAAACGUAUUUCUACAAAUCUCAUUAGGCUAGAGUGAUGGUGACUUGUUGCUCUUUUUAAAGCAGGCUCAAGAAUAAGGGUCUCUUCAAAAUGUUUUUAUUUGUGCAUAAUUUAGUAUGUUUUCAGAGUUAGUAUGUUUUCAUUCUUUCUUAUAUCUUUGUGAGGUUUAAUUAACUUUAAAAAUCUUUUAAAACAACUUUUUAUCUCCUGUCUUGCUAUCCUUGUUCCUACUUCCCCAGUAAGCCCUGGCUACCUUUGGUAUUUGUACUGUCUGUGUUUUAAGGUGUGCCUGUCUGAGGCCAAGGCUGUAGGAAGCAGGGUUGGGUUACUAAAGACUUGGGAGAAGAUGGGAGAGAGGUGAGUAGGUCCUUUCCUUCCUCUCCAAUUUAUGCUUUUAACUCCAUUUCUACCUUGAUAAAUUUCUGGAACUUGGCUUUUAGCUCUUUUUGUUUUUAAGCAGUUUCCACCUUGCUUGGGUCUAAUAGUUUUCUUUGAAAGAAUAAGAAAAUUCCUAAGUUUCUUCCAGUUCUAGACACCUUCACUAGACUUUUGGGGGACCCUUAUAAUGGAGCUGCUUUAGAACAGAACUUUAAUUAGAUAAUGGCCUUUCAACUGAGUCAGGGACAUGCUCAGCAAGGGCUUCUCAGUGGUCCCAGAGGACCAGAAUGACUGAGGGUGAAGUGUCUCCCAGCCCAUGCUGAAUUCUUUUCAUUUUAAACUGAUACUGCGGUUGUGGGAGAGCUCCUCAUUUCUCUAAUGGAAGAUGAGACAGCUUCACUCUCAUGUACCCCAUCUUUCUUAGUGUUUGUCCUUGGUGUGUUGCCUCACAGAAUAUGGUCUAAUACCGUUACAUCAGCCAGAGUAGCCAAGUACUGUCUAAACUGGUCCAGUGUUUCUCCAGGCUGGGCACUGUUAGUGCUCCAGGAGAAUGUGUUCAGAGAAUCUCCCAGUUAUUCUGAUUUCCUUCUUGAAGUGGUUUCAGUUCCUAUUUUUUCUAUUGCUUCCUAAACUUGACCUAGAUGUCAUGGGUCUGAUGUGUUGAGACCUUUCUAAGAAGAGUCUGAUGAUCUAAGGUUCAUUUUCUGAAACUCACUAUUCCAAACUGACCUUUUUAUUCUUACAAGUGUGUCUACACAAAGUCGUUCGUGAAAGUAAUCUAUACCAGAGAAGAAAUCCCUUUCAAUAGAGUCGGCCUAGGGUGGUUUCUAUUGUAUGUGUAAACUGCAGGGAGGAGUGUUUUUAAAAGGUUUAGUUGGUGUGGAUUGAUAUUGAAAUGGAGGGCAUAACUUGGGAUCGUGGGUUGUAACUUGUUCCUUUUUUUCCACCCCCUGAAAUAUAUGUGUUUCAAUAAAGCUUUCUCACUUGUCA